UCGGUGUGUCUUUAUACGGAACGGAACACGUCAAAUGCCCCCGGAAAGAGACGGAGAGGAGUGACGCUCCGAGUUGACGUUGCGAGACUGCGCGUGCAGUUCGCGAUCGCCCGAGAUACUUUUUGUUCGCUUUUGCGCCGUUCGAUGUGUGGACUCGUAAACGAGAAAAUGAACGCGCAGGAGGUAGUGGAGGAGCUGACGCAGGUCUGCAUUCAGCUGCGCUUCCACCUGGACGACUUGACGGAUCGGAGGGAGAGGGAAACGUUGAUCCUCAAGCACAUCAAGCGGUUUGAAAACAGCGGGGCGGAGGUUCACGAUUUCCCAAAAGGCUUGGAGUGGUUUAACGUGUCUGAGGGACUGUCGUUGGCGCAGCAUCUCAAGGGAAAAAUCGUGCUCCUGGACUUUUUUACGUACUGCUGCAUCAAUUGCAUGCACGUUCUGGCCGAGCUGGAAGAGGUCGAGAAGAAAGUCUCCGUAGAGGACGGUCUUGUGGUUAUCGGAGUUCACAGCGCAAAAUUUACAAACGAGCGCAGUUCGAAGAACGUCUUAUCCGCUGUACAGAGAUACAACAUCGUGCAUCCUGUGGUAAAUGACGUAACGUUAAGAAUGUGGCACGACAUGGGGAUAACAUGCUGGCCUAGUCUGAUAAUGUUAGGACCCAGUGGCCAACCGCUGGCUGUUUUCGUCGGCGAGGAUCACAAAGAUGAAAUACUAUUGUAUACAAAAGUGGCGAUAGAAUAUUUUAAAUCUUUAAAUCAAAUGUCGAGUCACAAUCUUCCGCUGCAGCCAGCGCACCAUCUUUUGCCGUCUUCUAAAGAUGGCCUGUUGUUUCCCGGCAAGCUGACAGUCCUACAGUUGGAGCACGGGACGAAGCUAGUCAUAUCCGAUAGCGGUAACAAUAGAAUUGUAAUUACAAAUGAGCACGGGAGAACGGAGCACGUUAUAGGUGGAUGCAGCCAAGGUUUUAAAGACGGCGAUUUCAGAAAUGCUAGGUUCAAUUCACCUCAGGGGGUCUGCGUGCUCGAUAACAUAAUCUACGUUGCGGACAAUAAUAACCAUGCUAUUAGGAAAAUAGACCUGACUGAAAAAGUCGUAUCUACCAUAGCCGGUACUGGUUCACAAGGUUGCGAUCGAAAGGGUGGAGGACACGGCACUGAUCAAGCUCUAUCGUCCCCUUGGGACGUGGCAAUUUAUCAUCACGAGUACAAAGGCACCGCGGUGCCCGUCUUGUUAAUCGCCAUAGCGGGUACCCAUCAGAUCUGGGCACUGUUCUUAGAAGACACCGUUUGGUGGAAAGAAAAAAAGUACACGGCGGGCACAUGCGCUGCUAUUGUCGGCAGUGGCCGGGAGGAAAAUCGCAACAAUAAUUAUCCACACGCCGCGGGACUGGCACAACCCUCUGGCAUCGCGGUCGUUCAGGAAUGUAAAGUUGCAUUUUUCGCGGACAGCGAAAGCAGUGCUAUCAGACGGUUGCAUUUAGAUAGCGGUCAAGUAUCUGCCGUUUGCGGCGGGGAUAAAAAUCCAGCGAACCUGCAUGCUUUUGGCGAUGUAGACGGAAAAGGAAGUUCCGCGAAACUUCAACAUCCGUUGGGAGUAACGUGGAACCAUUUGGACAAACGAGUUUAUGUGGCCGACACUUACAAUCAUAAAAUUAAAAGCAUAGAUGCUGCGACGGGACAUUGCAAGACGUUGUUUGGCGACGGAAAACCCGAUCGUACAUUUACCUUUAAUGAACCGAGUGGACUUGCCGUCAGUCCAGAUGGUAACAUUCUUUACGUAGCAGAUACCAAUAAUCACGCUCUUAAGAUUAUUGAUUUAAAAAACGAGAAGAUUUCAACCAUGGCUAUCAUAUCUAGACGCGAUUCAAAUAGAAAUAUCGACAGUGUGUUUGCUUUCGAUACAGCAGUAAAUUCACGCGGUGGAGAACUAAAUGUUUCAUUUAAUAUCGUAUUUGCGAACGAUUUGAAAUUAAAUGUAGACGCGCCGCAAGAGUGGCAGGUGUCUUUGCCUGCAAGUACGUGGACGGCGAAAUCUUCGACAGGUAGACUUUCAACUCCGAUAUCGGUGAAACUUCCCGAGGAAGAAACACGCAGUCAAUUGCGCGUUACAUUAAACAUAAUGGCUUGCACGGCGGACACGUGUGUACCACUAAAACUCUCUGUAUUGUUCAACGUACAACGAAGAGCAGAUGCGCCGACAGUUGUGACCGAAGAGAAAGAACUCGUCAUUGGUUAGGAAAUGCGUUCCACGCUUUCAACUUGCGUCGAAAAAGUGUAAACGCAUACAUUGCGUAAUGUAUAUUUUUGAGAUAUUAAAUUUUGGAAAUUUGUAUUUAAUACAA